UAAUAGAAAAUAUAAUAUAGUACUAGAUUUUGACCCGCGCUUGGAAAGCGCGAGUUUGUUUUCGAAAUUAAAUAUAUUUUUUAAAUGAAUUUUUAUAUAAGAUAGUGUAUUGGUUAGAGCAUAUUUUUUUGGAAUCGCGAACCGAACAAUAUCAAACUGAAGAAACCGAAACCAAAAUUGAAUUGAAUUUCAUAAAUAACCGAGUAGAUCAUAUAUCUCUGGAACCAAAAAAUUGAAACUGAAUCUAGAAUCAAAUGGGUACCUUAAUUUUUAAAGCUCUGAUAAAAUCCAAAACUUCGUCAUUAACCCGUGAACCAACAUCGGUUGAUCCCACAAAACCCCAGAAAAAUCUUAUAAUAUUUUAAAUUUUUGAUUUACUUCUCAUAUACUUAAAACUGAAUAACCUAUUUGAUUUGUCAUAUAAAAUAAAUUCAUUGUAUUUAUGUUAUGCAUUUUAAUUUAUAGAUAUUGACCACAAAUCCACAAUUUCUGUGAACUCUAUUAAAAGUAUUUUUGAAGAAUUUUUAUCAACUAUAAAUACUACAGUAUUACCAAUUAAAAAAAUUAGUUAAGUUUUUAUGAACCUUUGAUGAAAAUCAGUAAAGUUAAUUAUUUUAGACAUUUAGUUGGUGCAAAUCUUGAAAUUAUUAAGUAACACAUCUAUAGAAAUCUGUUGAUAGAUCUCGUUAGCAAAAGAUAUUACACUAUUUGUAUAUAGAAUUAUUUAUUUAAUAUAGAGAUUUCGAGGAUCUUUUCAAUUUUUUUAACAAAGCUCGAUCAAUGGCAAUGGUAGAUUGAACUGUUGUAACGUUGGGUACCAAGGAACACUAUUGUUAUUGUGAUUCAUUACACGUUUUGUUAAGAUGUUAUUUUAAUAAAAUAGAGCCAUGGUAUAAUCAGUGGUGUAUAACAUGAUUUGGUAAGUAAUAUAUGAGAUCAUUUAAACUAAGUAAUAUAUCGUUUAGUUAGAUUAUAAUUAUAUUAAAGUAGGAUUAAAAAAUAAUUACUUAAUGAAUAGGUCCAACAACAUUGUUUAAGUAGAUUUUUUAAGAAUGAUUCCCUUUUAAUAGUAUAGAUUAUUGCUUAUAUAAGAUAUACGAUGGCAUUUUUUGGUAAGAUAAUAGUCUCAUUUAGUUAAAUAUAAAGAUUUGUCCAAGGCCAUACGAUGGCAUAUUCUAAAAAUAUUCUUUACAGGUCCGAUAAAUAAACUCACAUGCUGUUAUAAUAAACGCUGCUAUCCUCUCGGUCGAUAAGGUUUGUUAUAAUAAAUAGGGUUAGACCAAAACAUAACAAAAGGAAAGGGUCCACACAACCUUUAUAAGUAGAUUUAUUAAGACUGCUUCUCUUUUAAUAGAAUAGAUAUUGUUUGAAUUUUGACUAAUAUUGAGUAAAUAGUAGUACUUGAUUUUAUCUAAAAUUCGUGUUUCUGAAAAAAGUGAAUUAUCCAAUUUGGUAACGUAAUAUUGAUUCUGUAAAUCUUGACCAUUAUCGAUACCAAGACCAGACUUGCCCCACACACACUAUAAAUGUAUGGAAUACAUAUGGCUAAAUACUAUCGCAAACUUUGAAACUCUAAACCAACACGUGAAGAUGAAGAACGUUUCUCUCAAGCUUCCCCUCUUGAUUUUCAUUUUGGUCAUCACAUCUAAUUUUGGAGCAGAAGCAAGAGAGUUAACUGAACUUGAAGUUAUGGCCGGAAGUACAAGUGACGCUGCCAUAGGCAAGACUCUGGAUCCAACACAUCCACCUUGCAAGAGGGACGCCGAUUGUAGCUUCGAAUGUCCCAAGGGAGGAUUCUGCAACUAUCCCUAUGGGUUAUGUGAUUGUCUCUGAUCAGUGAUCACUAUUCUAAUCAAAUUUCCAUAUAAAAAAAUGUAUCAUCAUCAAUUCUUUAGACUUUACCACACUCAUUUUGUAUUUCAAGAGUAAUAACAAUAAAUCAUAUGCUCGAGAUUCAA